GCGCCGGCGCCGGGGCUCGCGUGGCUUCAGCAUGGCGGCGUUUGCCGACUUGGACCUGCGGGCGGGUUCCGACCUGAAGGCGCUGCGCGGGCUCGUGGAGAACGCUGCCCACCUGGGCUAUUCAGUUGUUGCCAUCAAUCAUGUUGUUGAAUUUAAGGAAAAGAAACAGGAAAUUGAAAAACCGGUAGCUGUUUCUGAACUCUUUACAACUUUGCCAAUUGUACAGGGAAAAUCAAAACCAAUUAAAAUUUUAACUAGACUAACCAUUAUCGUUUCGGAUCCGUCUCACUGUAAUGUUUUGAGAGCAACUUCUUCAAGAGUCCGGCUGUAUGACAUCGUUGCAGUUUUUCCAAAGACAGAAAAACUUUUUCAUGUCGCUUGUACACAUUUAGAUGUGGAUUUAGUCUGCAUAACUGUAACAGAGAAGCUACCAUUUUACUUCAAAAGACCCCCUAUUAAUGUGGCAAUUGACCGAGGAGUGGGCUUUGAACUUCUCUAUAGCCCUGCUAUCAAAGACUCCACGAUGAGAAGGUACACGAUUUCCAACGCCCUCAAUUUGAUGCAGGUCUGCAAAGGAAAGAAUGUAAUUAUAUCUAGUGCUGCAGAAAGGCCUUUAGAAAUAAGAGGCCCAUACGAUGUGGCAAACUUAGGGUUGCUGUUUGGGCUGUCUGAAAGCGAUGCCAAGGCCGCAGUGUCCACCAACUGCCGAGCGGUGCUUCUGCAUGGAGAAACUAGAAAAACUGCUUUUGGAAUUAUUUCCACGGUGAAGAAACCUCGGACAUCAGAAGCAGAUGAUGAUUCUCUUCCAGCCUGCAAAAAAGCCAAGUGUGAGAGCUGAAAAGAACCCUCCGUCUCAGUCGACACUCUGCCCUUUCAGAGUGCAUCAGCCACUCUGAACAGAAACGGAGCCCCCAUGUGAUUCACUGUUUUCACUUGGAGCCAGACGUCACUAGUCUAUAAAAACAAUCUUACAUUCAAGCCACUAAAAUAACAAAACCUAGUAAAACUAAAAAAAAAAAAAACCUGUCCCCGUAAUAAUUUAGAUAUAUUUUAGGAGAAAAACAAAGACUAGUUUAUUUAUCCUUUGCAUUAAGUGAUAAUUGGCAGGUAUGCUUGAGUAAGAUCUUUCAAUAUAAGAGACUCUUUAAAAAUGUUUUUUGUUCAUUUUGAAGUUCAUGCUUUUCAGCUUCACUUGGUAUAUAUGGCUUAUUAUUUUUUAGAUUUACUGCUCAAAAAGUGAUUAUUUUGAGGACUAUUAAAACUUUUGCUAAGGGACUGACUUUUUAGUUGAUCUUUUGUUUUAAGCCUCUCUUUCAUUAUGUUCAUGAAGUCCAAGUCCUUUCUAAGACCAAUUGCUGUAAAAUUUGUGGAGGAAAGGGAAGGUGCUCAUAAAAGCACACGUGGCCUCUUCCUUUGCUGCUUCUUACCUCCAUGAUGUCCUUAAAAUAGGAUUCCUCUGAGUUGGAAGCUCCUGAAAACCUAAUACUGAUUUUUAUAAAACUAUAGGGAAAAUCUCAAAGUACUAGACUCAACCAAAUUUGUAAAUAAUUUUUUUAAAUAGCAGGAUCAUUAUGUUAAAUAGAAGUAGCCCUUUUUUACAAGUAUCUGCAUCUAUGCUAUAUACUAAGAAAACUGGAGAAAGCUUUACACCAAACUCACCUGUGA